GCUCCACCAUCUGCAUUCACAGCCCAGGAGCCAACACAAGACUUUAGAAGCCACCUAGGACCAUGAAGGGACUCGUGCUCAGCUUCGCCCUUGUCGCCCUGUCUGCCCUGUGUGCCAACGGGGAUGUGCCUGUACAGCCGGACUUCAAGCAGGACAAGAUUUUAGGGAAGUGGUACGGCAUAGGCCUGGCCUCCAACUCCGCCUGGUUCCAGGCCAAGAAGCAACAGCUGAAGAUGUGCACGACCGUCAUCACCCCCACCGCUGAUGGGAACCUCGACGUGGUCGCUACCUUCCCCAAGCAGGAUCGAUGUGAGAAGAGGAGCAUGACCUACAUGAAGACCGAGCGGCCCGGACACUACCUGUCCAAGAGUCCACGUUACGGCAGCGACCACAACAUCCGCGUGGUGGAGACCAACUACGACGAAUACAUCCUGAUGCACACGACCAAGACCAAAGGCAGCGAGGUCAACACCAUCGUGUCCCUGUUCGGCAGAGACAAGAGCCUGAGACCUGAGCUCGUGGAGAAAUUCGAACAACUGGCCAAGGAACAAGGGCUGAGCGACGAAAACAUCCUGAUCCUGCCUCAGACCGACAGCUGCAUGUCCGAAGCCUAAGAGAGAAGAGUCAGUACCCUGAUGUCUCCACUAGAUGGCGUCUAUGUUAUAGAUGGAGUUAGCGCUACAGUAUUGUUUUUACAGUCUGCACACAAUAAACGGCAUAUUCCCCCCGCCA